AUGCAUGUUCUGGGUCGUAGGGACGGUGCCCCCUCCGGAUAUACCUUGGAUGGUGCUGCCUCCCCUGACACGGUGCUGAGGCUCCGUCUAGCACUCGCCCCAAGCAACCCGAGCGGAUUGGAACAGGCGCUCUACGACGUCAGCAUGCCUUCGAGCACUGCCUACAAGCAGCAUCUGAGCAAGGCUGAUGCAGCUCAAUACGUGUCGCCUGCAUCGGAUACGGUCUCUGCCGUGAACUCAUGGUUGCAAGAGAAUAACCUGAAUGCAACGACCCUGACGCCAGCGGGUGACUGGCUUAGUAUCCAGGUUCCCGUUAGCCAGGCGAACGAACUAUUCGAUGCGGAGUUCAACGUAUAUACUUCUCAAAGCACCGGGGCUCAAACCAUCCGAACAUUGUCAUACUCUAUCCCGCAGGAGCUGGUCGGGAACUUGAAAGUGGUAUACCCCACUACAACCUUCCCGAGUACGAACAACUUGAAGCCUGUGGUCUCCAUCCCUCAGCGCAGAAAUGACGGCGUGAACUCCAGGGCUGACGAUGCCGCGUCUGCGUGUGGGUCGACUAUCACUCCUGCGUGUCUGCAGUCCCUUUAUGGUAUCCCGACCACACCUGCGACUGAAUCCACCAAUCAGUUGCUCGUCACGGGCUACGGCGACCAAUGGGCAAACAAGGAGGAUCUCGAGCUAUUCCUACAAAAUUAUCGCACAGAUAUGACGGACACCACCACAUUUACUGUUCAAACACUCGACGACGGCUCAGACCCUCAGUCAACAGAUGAUGCAGGUGUGGAGGCUGAUCUUGAUACCCAGUACACUGUUGGUAUCGCCACCGGUGUCCCGGUAAUAUUCUUAUCUGUUGGUGAUGACUAUCACGAUGGUGAUCUGGGGGGAUUCUUGGACACGAUUGACUAUCUGUUGAACGAAGAUACUCCACCGUAUACCAUGACAACUAGUUACGGCGGUUAUGAGCCCGACAUCCCUGAGGAUCUGGCAUACAAUUUGUGCAAUGCAUAUGCUCAACUCGGCGCUCGAGGCGUUUCGAUCAUGUUUGCCUCGGGUGAUGGUGGCGUUUCUGGAGUCCAGUCCGAAUCGUGCACCACAUUCGUUCCUGAGUUCCCCUCGGGCUGUCCUUAUGUGACCUCAGUUGGUGGAACAACGGGUACCAACCCAGAGGUUGCUGCGGCCUUCUCUGGCGGUGGAUUCUCUAACUACUGGGCGCGACCUUCAUAUCAGGAUUCUGCGGUAGAGGGCUACCUGUCCUACCUUGGUGAUACCUACGCUGGCUUGUACAACGCAUCCGGACGUGGCUUCCCAGAUGUCUCUGUCCAGGCCGAGAACUUCGAAAUCUACUAUGAGCAGUCCAGCACUACGGUCAGCGGAACGAGUUGUGCGAGUCCCACAUUUGCAUCCAUCAUUUCUCUGUUGAACGACGAGCUCGUUGUCGCGGGAGAUGCACCCCUCGGCUUUUUGAACCCUUGGUUGUACUCGACAGCUUUGUCAGCGUUCACGGAUAUUACCUCUGGCGACAACCCGGGAUGCAACACGAACGGAUUCUCUGCUACCACCGGCUGGGAUCCUGUCACUGGCCUUGGCACACCGAAUUACGAUGCUCUGAAGACAGCAGCGGGUCUGACCUUCCAUCUCGCGGCGACUCCGAUUCUCUAUCGAGUAUUAGACUCGCGUAUUGUCAGAAAACCUGGACGGCGCCCAAUAAUCCUCCACCCAGCGCGGACUUUACUCAAAAAGCCUGAAUACGCGAAAUAUGUCAGAUAUGUACGGGAAACAAGUGCCGUGGGUCUAAUCGGGCCUGAGUUCCUACAAGAGAGCCUUGCAGCUCUACGCCUAUGUGUCAACCUCAAGGGCUUCAGCUGGAGCGAUGACAGUAAAGACCUCGUCGACUAUGAGGAAUUGCGUGCAAGCUUCUUUCCGAUUUUACGUGUCCUCCCUAUCAAAGAGAUUGUCAUUCACACAUAUCCUGGCCUCAGCGAGGAGCUUUGGUCAGAGUUCAUCGAGUUUACGGGCUUACAAAAAGUCGCUAUAUGGACGGUGGAGGGACCGCCACGUAUUCUCCAGGGAUGGUCUGAGAAGCUCGGUCCGAGUUUGACUCAUCUUGAACUGGGUCGCUGUGCGGGCGUACCUGCAUCAAUUCUCGUCUCAGUCUUCUUGCACCUCCCAUUGCUCCAGUCGCUCCGGCUCAAGGGGGCCCCCGCGACAGCAAUCCUCGAGAUUCUCACCUUUCUCCCAAAUUUAGUGCAACUGGACACGGAGUACCUUUGGUCAGGAGUAUCUCGCUACACUGACGUACCUAUUGCGUCCCUCAGAGAUUUGACCGUGCGUACAAGCUCAGUGGAUGUGCAGGGCCCACGUCGGUUAUGGACAUGGAUCAAAACGCUACUUCCACGCCCUUCACUAGAAUCGUUCACGUUAAACGCAUUUUCUACUCAAGGAGAUGCAAGCAUGCCCCGUCGUUUCAUUUUGGACCUCGCUAACACUCAAAAAGAUACCCUCAAAUACUUCGUUGCGGACUCUGCUCUACUUACGUUAGAAGAUGUGCAGUGUCUAUGUACGCUCUUUCCUGCAUUAGAGGAGCUCUCAUGUUCCGUGGCGUUUUGUCAAAACCCCAGUCAGCUUGAAGAGGCUAUUGCCAACGGGCACAAACUACGUCAACUAAGAUUAUGUACGAGCUGGGUACCAUCGCGAUAUGGCUCGGAGCAAGUACACAUCCCAUUUGAUGCCAAGUUCGCUAAAAGGAUAAUGUUGCGCGAGAACUCGUUGUUAAGGCUGAUUGGGAUCGGACAAGUUGUUUAUACGGGACGAUGGGUUGAAGCUGGGUUGCCGGAAGGUCCAGUGUUCGAAGUAUUCCGUGAUGUUGUAUCAGACUCAUGA